AUGGGAUCGUCACCGCUGGACCCGGUCUCGUACUUCGAUGAUUGGUUCUUCACCACGUUCCAAUCGACGCCGUCCUGCCCGGGGUUCGGCUUGAACUAUUGUCCAGCGCCGGAGAAGGCGUGCGCGAGGGACCCCAACACGGGCCGUCGGUACUGCUGCGAUGGGCCCAAGAAGAAGGACAGCGUGUGCUGGACGCUCUCAACGGACUGCAAGGCGGACGGCAGCACGAUCAACUGCGGCGGGGCCAGCAAAGGCGACGGGUCCUGGUGCUGCCUCGCGGGCGCCGAAAAGUGCACAGAGACCAAAGACCAGAUCAACAUCUGCUGGAGCAGCCGAUGGGACCCGCUCAACAACGUCACCGAGGGGGAUCUGGCCAGGGUCUACAGCAGCCUGAGCUCGGCGCAGCCGUCGGCGACCUCGCUCGGGUUCGACGUGGCCUCCAUGGUCAGGGCGACGGCGACGGCGACGGCAUCGGCGGACGCCAUGGCGGGGAGAGUCGUCGACCCGUCGCUCGCCACGACUACCGCACAGAUCGGCCCUCUCAGACCUACCGGCCCGCCCGGCGAAGGGUUCGGGUUCAGAAACGGCGUCGUGGCAAAUCCAAGCGAGCUCAGCGGGGGCGCGAUCGCUGGCAUCGUCAUUGGGGUGCUCGCCGGGCUGGCCAUGAUUGUGGCCGGCGCCCUCUGGUUCGUCAGGAGGCAGCAGCGAAAGGAGCACGUGUGCUCGCCGGAAGCGUUGGCGGCGGCGGCGGCGGUGGUACCGGCCAAGGGUGCGGCCAAGGAUGCGGCAUCGAGUGGCUCAGAGCACGGGGGGCCGGCCGAGAUGGAAUCGUCGCAGCUGCAUCACGUCACGCCGGACCGGGGGACAUUCGGCCAAGGAUACGGGGCCGUCCAACACGGGGCCGGCAUGGGUUCUCAUAUAGGGGCGUAUGAGCUGCCGCCAGAGAACCAGCAGCCUGCCGAACUGCAUGGUGAGUCGAUACCCAAGGUGAUGCACGAGAUGCCGGCUGGGGAUCAAGUCAAGAAGUCGUCGUCUUGA